GGAUCCUCGAAGCAGCACGAGAGAGGCAGCACAUGUACAGCAGCGAACACGUCUCCCUCACCGACUCCAUUUCAAUCAGUGAAAUAUGAUUCAAAAAAGAGCUGCAGCUCUACUAUCCGUACAGGAUAUAUUCCUGUCUGCGUCCCGUACUGGGGAAGCGAGUGUAUCCCCCACCCCAUCCCUGUCUCUCUCGGAUAAAGGGGAGCCAGUAGUUCAGUGCACUCUCGGCUCGCGCACAGAGGCCAUGGAGAAAGUGAUGGUGAAGAAGAAAAAGAAAAUGGAGAAUAAGAAAGAUUUAGAAACUUCAGAAGACCAGGAGGUUGGCAUGGUGAAGACAAAAAAGAAAAUGGAGACUAAGAAAGAUUUAGAAACUUCAAAAGACCAGGAAGUUGGCAUGAAGAUGAAAAAGAAAAGGGAGACUAAGAAAGAUUUAGAAACUUCAGAAGACCAGGAAGAAGACGUGAAGAUGGAAAAGAAAAUGGAGACUGAGAAAGAUUUAGAAACUUCAGAAGACAAGGAAGUUGGCAUGGAGGACUUGAAGCGUUUGUACAAAGGGUCUGUGUUUGGUGCUGGCUUGCUGGUACAGAAGAAGUUAGAAAGUUCAGAAGAUAAAGACAAGGGCGAGGAAGGGGAGGAAGGCAAGCUGACCCGAAAGGCAAAGAAAGCCCUGCGAAAGGAAAAGAUGGUAAAUGAGAGAAAGAACCUGUCCAAAAGUAAGAGGAGAAAUUUGAAAAAGUCCUUGCAAAGGAAAAGGAAGCAGAUGGAGAAGAAAGCCAAGAUGAGGGAGGAGGAGGAAGAAGAAGAGGAAGAAGAUGAAGAGGAAGAAGAGGAGGAGGAAGAAAAUGAGGAGAAAGAAAAGGAGGAGGAAGAAGAGAAUGAGGAGGAGGAGGAGGAGGAACAUAAAGAGGAGGAAGCUAUUACUCUUGAGGGAGACCUGCUGAAAACGUACAGGCAUCGCAAGGCACUGAGGGAUUCACGGUGUCUCUGCAUCACACUGGACAGCAGUAGGGCCAAAGUCAGCUUCCCAGAUGCUGUAUCUGUUCGAUUUAAGAUGAUCGGGAUGGUACGGAUGUGCUUUGUGGAGUAUCGGUCAGCAAUGGAAGCAGAUUUGAAGAAAUAUGAAAUCAAGCGAAUGGAGGGCAUAAAUUCUGUGCAGUUUGCAGGCGCAGAUAAAGCAGAGAACAAGCCUAUAAUCGUGAAUCCAUAUCAGCUGUUUGUAGAAGGGUUACCGUUGGACCCACAGAGAGAAGACUUGGAGAAUCUAUUCCCAACGGCUUCAAAGAUCUUGCGCAGGAAAAGAGAAAGUUUUGCAAAUAUAGUAUAUAAAGACAAGGCUGAAGCAGAGAAGGUCUUCCGAGAAUCUGGUGUUGUUACCAUGCGUGGUUCAAAGCUGACUGUGCUCUAUAGCAGCAAAAAGAAGUCACAGGUCACGAAGAAAAACAGUGUACGACAUGACUUAUACAAGAGAAAGGUAGAGGAGUACAAGCGGAAAAUGACCAGAAAGCUUCGGAAGUCAAACACAGAAUAGAGCUGCUCUGAAUGAACUAGGGACUAAUUUUAUAGACUUUUCAUUUGUUUUCGUUAUGCUAUAUGAUCUUGUGUUUGACAUUCCUUUAGGGGAGAGAAGCUGUAACAUGAAAAUGUGAAAUGGAAGUAUAUUGACAGGUGGAAGGAGCUGUUCUUUAACAUCUAUAUAAAUACAGUUAAGGAA